AUGGACAAACCAAGUUUACCUUCUAUCCAAUUUUUAUUGAAUGAAGUACCUCCUCCGCCAUCUAAUAAUAAUAAUAAUAAUAAUAGUACUCUUACUGCAGAGAGUAAACAGGAUGCGAGAAUACAUAAACACAAGAGAGCAAGUUCGACAAGUAUACUAGAUACAAUGAUACCUUUGAUAGAUCGAAUUGAACCAUCUACGACAAUUACAAUUAAUCAAGGAAGAUAUAUUUGCCACUACUGUCACAAGAAAUUUACAAGACCAUCAUCACUACAGGUUCACAUCUACUCUCACACAGGUGAAAAACCAUUUGUAUGUACAGAAUGUGGAAAACAAUUUAGUGUACAAAGUAACAUGCGAAGACAUUUUAAAACUCAUAAAACUGCUUCAUCAUCGUCUCCAACGACAACUCAAUAA